UGCAUACUUGCAAUGUUUUAAUAUUUGUAAAAACUAAAAUAUAUACUUGGGUGUAAAGUAUAAAAUAAUGAAUUGAAUUUCGCAUGAAAACUUUAUAUUGUUAGCUCGUGUAAAUGUAAUGUACUACUGUUUAAUAUUUAUAUCAAAAUACUUUAGAUACAAUCGGGAUAUUCAUUAAGUUCUAAUAACCACUGAAAACAUUAUUUCCUAUCCAUUUUCUACGAGCCUCAAUCAGAAUUUGAAAAAGGAAAAAAAUGUUACUCUGGGCUGCAAUCUGCAUGUGACACCCGUGCGGCAAGAACUGCAGUGUUAACACAUUUGUAUUAUUUGGUAUGGCAAAUGGAAAAUGGAAAUAUAUAUAUAAUAGUUGAGUCUUUGUAAUUUAUCAUAUUGUAUUAGAACAUAUUAUUUGCGAUAUAAAAUAUAAUGAUCACCUAUCUUUCAACACACUGAUAUUAUUCAUGUGAGACAUGAACUGUAAUCUAUAUCGUUAAUCUUUAGGUAACUAUUGUGCAGUUUUUUUUAUCAAACAUUUAAAUACCUAGGUUAGGUUAGGUUAGCUACCAUAUGACUUACCUACCUGGCUUUAUGAUGGAUAAACAAAAAAAAAGGUUUAGGCUACAGCAUGUACCAAUUCAAUAGGAUUUAAUGCAACUUAAAUUCAAAUUUAACUAAACCCUUAUUAAGAGUUAAUUAUUCUGUUUUUGAACAUUCAGACAUCACUGGAAACGACAAUAUCGUCUUGAAAAUUUGGAAGUUGUGACGGCCAUCGACAACGUUGAGGAACUGGAAGUCGCGAUGGACGUCAACAAUCUUGAAAUCGUGGUAGUCCUCAUUAAUGGAGAUGAACAAAUACUAGCGCAAGUCGAAGCGGUAUCAGACGACAUAUUCCACUAUACGUCAUUGAAGCGGCACGCGCGCCGUUCAUAGACCGUCCGGCUGGCGUUCAGCACCCACUACCAGAGCCACACAACAUAGGCGCGUUGAAUUCGGUCUGCAAGCAUUGUAUGGCCCGCCACUUUCACUGCGGGCAAACAAACGCAGGUCAUUUUUCGACAUGUAGCAAUAACGGUUUAAUGGCCGUUAUAGGACCACGAGUGUUGACAACUGCACCUCAUUUACUACCGAGGUUGCUGGUUGAAGAUACGGUGGAAAGCAAACACAACCAAAAUAACAUACGCCGGUACAACAACACUUUGGCAUUUGCUGCGUUAUCCACCGACCUUAACACUCGACGCUUCCCAGGUCAUAGAUUGAAAUUGCCAGCUGAAUUUCGUCGGAUCCAGGGAGGCAAACCAGAUUCGUAGACAACAGCAGGAACAACUGCCUGCCGCACGCCGUAUAUUGCCAAGUAGUGUGCUCGAAGACUUAGAUCGCCUGUUACGGGACAUACAUCUAUUCGCAUAGGCGUUCAAGCAAUAUAUUAAAUAUAUUAAAUCAAACAUAAAACUGAAAUUUACCAUGGACCAGGACCAUGUGAGAAGUGUGGGCUAGAGAAAACUCUCCAGGCCGAGAUCCUCAGUUACUACCGAGGAGAGUGACAAUGCAUGUUGUCACCAAUGGAGGUGAUACAACCCACAAUCUGAAACGGUCAGCGAGGUCGCAGUAGGGUUCGUCUGUGAUGACGGUCAACCACCAACGAACGUUGAUCUGGUCAUAUACGACUGAAAUCCGAUUAACCCGCAACAGUGCCGGCUACAGACUAUACCAGCCCGCUCUUCAAAUGCGGAUCCAAUGAGUAUCCCCUAUUCUUUCCUCGAGAAGAGCUCGGUUGGUAUCAACGCUUACUACAAGGGGGCGUCCACCGAAACGCUAUCCACACCCGGAACUCCAUCAGGGAGUACCCUUGCUUUACUUUAAAAUAACAACAACGACACAAUCAACGAUACUAUGAGUUUAUUACACAAUGGUGAUUGGUGGCUUUCUGUUGCAACAGUAGUGUGUGAUCAUUACGUUCGAAUGGAAGCGUACAAUUUAGAGUACACUAGAUGGCAUCAGGCUGAGCUUUUAGCCGAAUCGUAUCAGGGGCUGGUGGAUCACAUCAACCAACAGCUCCAAAUCGACGUACCCGCGGUUGUAGGAUGAUUUUGCCAUCGUAAUUUACUGGAGGCCCCCGUUACAUGAAACAGUGUUAUCAUGACGCGAUGGGCAUUGUUUGGAAGUGCUAAAAGCCUAAUAUUUUUAUUACUUUUACAUGUAAUCCUAGGUGGCCGGAGAUCACACAGAACCUAGCGAGAGGGACCACGGCAAACGACAGGCCGGAUCUGGUGGUCAGAGUGUUCAACGCGAAACUCAAGCUUCACUGAUUGUCUGGGACGAAGGCCCAUGUCCCCAGGCCUACAACUCACGGUGGCCGAUCGCUUGCUCAAGAACAUCAUGGGAUCGACAUUACCGUUCGGCGGCAAACCAAAACUGUUAGCUGGAGACUUCAGACAGAUAUUUCUCGUCGUCCACCGUGGGAACAGGAGAGCUAUCGUCACGUCGUCGAUCAGACGCCACUCAUUGUGGAGGGAGUUCGAACAUUUUUGACUGAUAAGAAACAUGCGCGCGGGCAACGACGCCGAAUUCGCUGCUUGGUUACUUCAGCUUGGUAAUGGUCAAAUGCCUUCCAUCGACGAAAUUCCGGACACCAUCGACAUUCCACCACAACUGGUAUGCAACGUGGUGGAUUUGACCGAUUUCGUCUACGCGCAACAAAUGUCGUUGGUCAACGUCGACGAGUUUGCUCGGAGAAUCAUUCUGUGCCCUCGCAACGAGGACUGCCACCAAAUGAAUUCCACCGUGCUACGACGCGUCGUGCGCGUCGAAAGGACGUAUUACGCCAUAGACAUGGUAGUGGUCGACGACCCCGACGAAGCGGCAAACUACCCAACAGAGUUCCUCAACUCUAUGCAUCCUACCGGGCUACCACCCUUUUCAAAUGAAGCGGAUUCAAUUACCGGUUAGGUAUUGUCGUUUGCCAUGACAAUAAACAAGUCUCAGGGACAAACGUUCGACCGAGUUUGUUUGCUCCUGCCGUCGCCAGCCUUUAGCCACGGAUAACUGUACGUUGCGUUUUCAAGAGUGAGGGACUCACAAUCUGUCAGAGCGGCAUGUACGGCGAUGACAAUAGUCGAUUCGUCACCAAGAAUAUCGUGUACACAGAAUGUCUCUGAUGCAAUCAUAUAUAUAAUUAUAUUUUUAAUAAUUGGUUUGUGUAUAAUAAUUAGUAGUACCAUUCUAUUCUAUACCAAGUGAUUUGUGGAAAAUCCGUGUUCGAGCAAAUCCCGUCUAUAUUUAAAUUCUCAAUCGACAUUUUGCGAUAUAAAAUUAUAAUUUAUAAUAGUUAAAUAGUACACAAAGUUAAGUAACAUGUACAAUGUACAAUAAUUAUACAAAUAAGAAAUUAUCAACGCUGUACAUUCAUUAUUGUCUAUUGAACUUGUAUAUUAAUAAAACAAUUUAUAAAUUUGGAUGUUUUAAAUAUUUUAU